AUGAAUAACGAGAGAAUGAACAACGAGGAAGAACCACCGCCACCAGGAGUGGUGGUGACGACGGGAGCUCUUCCCAUAAGCGUCGGGCCAAUUCUGCCCCCCAUAGCUAGCACCGGAGGAGGAAUUGCACCAAGAGUCAACCUCGCUCCCCCAACAACAGGAGUGCCGUACGACAUUACUCCACCGCCCCUAAGAAGGGGAAUUCCGGGACAGACGCAGUCCCCAUGGGGUUACUACACCCCCCAGUAUCAAGCACCCCUGACGUAUCCGCAAUCAGGAUGGUACCCAGGAUAUCCCCCUUGGAAUCAUCCCAGUUACCAAGGAUACCAAAGACCAGUCCAACCAAUUCCGUUCCCGUCGUUAGACACAGAAGGGACGGUGACAUCGACCACAGCUGUUCCGCCAUAUGUACCACAAGGUGUACCAUUGCCUCCAUUAUACCAUGAUAUGUACAAUUUCAGUUAA